AUGGUACACAGAGGGGCGCAUGGAUCAGAAAGCAGCUGGCAGUCAAGAGAAGUGGCUUGCAUCACUGGCAUAAGACAGCCAUAUCAGGGGAGGAGCAGGGUAGUGAGAAAUCUAGAAGCAAAUAACAUUACAGAUCCAAACAGGGUUCCUUAUGGCCCUAUCAAGCCAGGGCCUCUGUCCGCAGGCCGCGAAGGAGCCUACCUGGGCCGCAGAGGCUGUAGGGAGGCCAAGGCGAAGCCUACCUGGACUGCAGAGGCUGUCGGGAGCCCAGAGAAGAGCCCACUGGGGCCGCAGAGGCUGUCGGGAGGCCAAGAAGAGCCCACUGGGGCCGCAGAGGCUGUCGGGAGGCCAGGAAGAGCCCACUGGGGCCGCAGAGGCUGUCGGGAGCCCAGAGAAGAGCCCACUGGGGCCGCAGAGGCUGUCGGGAGGCCGGGAAGAGCCCACUGGGGCCACAGAGGCUGUCGGGAGGCCAAGAAGAGCCCACUGGGGCCGCAGAGGCUGUCGGGAGGCCAGGAAGAGCCCACUGGGGCCGCAGAGGCUGUCGGGAGACCUGGAAGAGCCCACUGGGGCCACAGAGGCUGUCGGGAGGCCACGAAGGAGCCUACCUGGACUGCAGAGGCUGUCGCGAGGCCAGGAAGAGCCCACUGGGGCCGCAGAGGCUGUCGGGAGGCCAGGAAGAGCCCACUGGGGCCGCAGAGGCUGUCGGGAGGCCGGGAAGAGCCCACUGGGGCCGCAGAGGCUGUUGGGAGCCCAGACAGGAACCCACUGGGGCCGCAGAGGCUGUGGAAUAGCUGGGCCCUAGGCCCGGGUACCCGACGGAGCCGGCUAAAGCGUAAAAAACUGCGGCUCAGCACAGCUCCACGUCUGCGACUCAGAAGUUUUGGGAAGAUGAAUUGGGUCGGGGGGUCCCGGACCAGGGUUCUACUCAAGCAGGAAAAGAGAAAGCAAAAGGAAUAUUUUGAAAAGAAAAGGUUCAAAUCAAAAAUGAAGUUAUUGGGAGUUUUAUCACCUGUCAAAAAUUCCGCUGUCAGUUUAGACCUCCUUAACCUAUAUGUGGUAAAUCAGAUCUCUUGCCAGAAGAAAACACCUGAAACUAUGAGAAAACCAAUCCAUGUGAAUAUGAACAGAGACAUAAAAAUGCCCCUAAAAAAGCAUGAUUUAGAACUUCCAAUGUCGCCUCCCUCUGUACCAUCUAAACUCUGCAUUGAUGAUAUAGAAAGCAGUAUACACCAUCAAAGACUGGGAAGCAAGGAAGAACUGGGCCCGGUUCAGUUGUCACAACUCAUGGACUCAUAUAGAAUUUUCGAACCUCAGUUCAACAGAGUAGAAAACUGCAGUUUCACGCUAUCAUCUUUUUCUGCAGAAUUAUCUUCUAACAGAAAUAUUACAAAACAAAAUUUCGUUCCCCAAAUAGCACCUAGUCCUCAGAAAGUUGCAUAUGAAAAAGAACAGAAUGAGCAGCUCAGUAAUGUCAAUUAUUCUAAUUACUUGUUUUCCAAAUUAAAUGAAAGUCAAGAUGCUCUUAGUCCAUCAGAUAAAACAGCACAGAUUGGAACAUUAUUUGAGAGAUUAAGCAGUCCAGGAAAUAGGAAUUUCCUCACUGGAAGCCCUGCUAUAGUGAUGGGUGAAGAUUGUGGAAGCAUGGAUGAGAGAAGACACUCAGAUUUCAUUACUGAAAAACAAUCAGUACAGCAUAUUUGGGGAGAAAAUAAAGAAGAGGUGUCAAAUUUCCUUGAGGAUGUGAACCAGUCAACCCCCAGCCUUCUACCAGAGAAUUUUGACUCUUUUAUUAACAAAAAUGUGAUCAAUUUAUUAAGCAUAGAUCAACAGAGGAUAACAAAACCAUUUGAAAAGUGUGAUUAUGACAGUAUGGGAGUCACCAAUUCUAAUAAAAAUCAUUCCUCUGAUAGAUGCAUUUUUACAGAUCCAGGGUUGAAUUUUAAUACUUCUAAAUUUAAUAAAACAAGUUAUCCAGAAAAGUGUCAGCCAAAGAAGAACUAUCAGAAAGAAUACAACAAUGAUGAAGGAAAUAAUCCUAGUACAUCUUUUGAGAAGAAUUGUUAUCCAGCCAGCUCUGAAAAGAAAGGAAAAUUUGAAAAGGACUACCAAAAGAAGAAACCACAGAUAGAAAUCCAACAAUAUCCAGUGAAUAAUAUGAGUAUUCCCUUUGAGGAAUUGAAUUCUAAGAAAUCAUGCGACUUUGGACUUGGUGAGAAUCUGAUUGAAGAAGGAAGAACAUGUUCUAUAAAAGGUGCACCAACAUCUACAAAGAAAAUCUUAAACAAUAAUGAUUCUUCACAGAGUAGUCAAUCUUCCAGUUACUCUCCAGGGCCAACAGAUAGUUGUUUCAGUUCUAGUUCAGAGAUGCCAUCUGAUGAUGAAGAUCAAACAUUGCAGCAAAUUGAAGAUUCAAGUAGAAGAUCCAUCAAAACUGAAGAAAAAACUAAUAAUUUUUAUUUAGAAAGGAUGCAUGAAUUUCCACUUGAUGGGAUUAUUAAAAGCAAUGACAAAAUUCAUAAACAAAAUGAAAGUUUUCACCAGGUCUCAACGAAAAAUAACACAGAUCAGUCUGCACAGUCUCAGUGUAAUUCAGCACAUGUAUUACAAGACCAAACCAGUAAUAGCUGCACUGUACAGUUUGUGAGAUGUGAUGCCUGGGUACAAACAGAGAGUGAACCUGUAAUGAAAGAAAGAUUAGAUGCUGCCAUACAGUGUGAUAUAAUUUCACAGUGUAAAUGUAGAAGUAAUGAGUCUUCUCUUUGUAAUGUUGAAAGGUGCAGUGAAAAUAUUAAGGCAGACACCACUGGAGGGCAGGAAACCCUUAAGAACAACUAA